UAUCGGAUAUGAUAUCAGAUAUUGUGACAAAGACAACUACGUCUAAACAUUUUUCUGUUUCAAAGGAUUUUUUCUAAUCCGUUUUUCUUUGCUCUUUGGAUUCUAUAUAAAGGAUGACUGUGUAAAUGGUGAUCUAUACUGUAUAACAGUGCCAACAUUUUGUAAAUUUAUUGUGUUGUUUUCAAGUUCCAAAAAUUGUGUAGCAGUACUGUAGGAGAAUGGAUCUCUUAAAUCUGAUUAAAAAGAAAUCAUCUCCUCUUAAAAAAUUAGAACUAGCUGUCCUGGAGAACAAUGUCAAGGAGCUAAAAGAAGUCUUAGAAAGUGGGGUGGACCCAAACACUGAGAUACAGUCACAGGGAGGAAACUGCGCCCUGCAUAUGGCGGCUCACAAUGGAUACUUUCUCUGUGUGGAGACUUUGUUGAAAUACAAUGCAGAUCCCGAGAAGACUAAUCAUUUCAACCUAACACCACUUUACAUUGCUCUCAGAAGAAAUCAGGCCAGAUGUGCAGAAAUUCUCUUGCGAGUCAACAAAUUGAUGAUGAGCAUUGACCCAGUAUGGAUGCAGAUGAACAAUGCAGUAAAUGUGUGGAACGGCUCUAAUGAUACAAUGAUUUCUGUGUUAAUAAAGGCCACUCCAGAUUUAGAAAGAUGUAGAAACAACCUGAAAAGUAAUUUAUUUUUCUUGUGUAAAAGCAAAAAUAUGUAUGGAAGUCUACGCACCAUGGCUAUAAGUGGUUACCGGUUCAGCCAGGAUGAGAAACAAUAUUUCUUGAACUCACCUGUUGAAAGUGAUAAAAAUUUUCAUGCCUGGUUGAACAACUUUAACAAACAACCACAGAGACUUAUGCAUUAUUGUCGAUUAAAGAUUCGCCGUAGUUUUCUUGGAAAUUGUAAUGUGUAUUAUGGAGUUGAGAAAUUACCUGUGCCAAAACUUCUGAAAGACUACAUUGUCAUCAAGGAUAUUAAUGAAAUUGAUCUUUAAAAAAUGAAUUGAAAUUUACUUUUACCUGUACAAUCAACUAGUCAGAUCUUUGAUCAUGUCCUAAAUGAGAACUCAUUAUGGAGCACAAAGCAAAUCUCAGAUAUAUCAAUUUUGUAUUCAUACAAGUUAUUCUAAUAAUUUAUGCAAGGAACAUGCAGGCAAAAUUGGAUUCUGUACACUUUACACUCUAGAUUAGUCUAGAAGGUUUACUUUUGCCCAACAAAAAUACAUGUAGCAUUAACAUGAUUAAUACACACACAAUUUCAGUACCGGGUAUAUUAAUUCAUUUGAAAAAUACACGAAGAAUUGUAGUACCUACGUAAAUUGUCUGUAGUGUACAUUUUUAACAAUACAGAAAAUAUGAUUUUCAGUAAGUGCUGCCUUGGUGGAUAUUAAAUAUAUAUAUAUAAUUAUAUGUGUAUUAAAUGUCUCUGCUUUUUCAUAUCAAAAUCUAAACCUAAGGUUUUGUCUUUCAUAUUUGAGUCA